CUCACGGCUCAGUCAGGAUUGAUGGUGAGUGGGGAUGUGCAGGAGUCACUGCAUUGUGCCAGAGGAACCGUGCGCACUGAAUGAAAACCUGUAGACUGUAAACAGGGAGUAUUUUUUUCUUUCUUCCAAGCGUCGAUGGAUUUGCAAACAACUUCGGAGGGAAGUCUUUGCUUUCCGUUUUGCGCUUCUGCCUUUGUUUUCGAGCCUUCUUGGAUGUUGCGCCACGCCGCACAGCGUUUGCCAGCUGGCAUGUGAGUGAUAGCGUGCAGUUUACAGUACGCAGGCAUUAACACAUUGAUCUUCCCAAUUUCCAGUGGCUGGAACCCGAGCCGAUGAGUGCGCCCCACCUUUUCCUCUCCAACUAUUGGACGUCUUCAAUAUGCUGUUAAUCGCGUUUGCCAGAUGAUACCUGUUGGUUUUUUAUCGCGCCAUGUCCUUCUGUCGGACUGAAGUGGACAAUGAAGUUAUGGGAUAGCCUGAGCAUUUCUUUGAUACUGCUGAGCGCCGUGCACGCCAGCCGGCUUCUCCGGAGCCGACCGCAGUCCACGUCCUCCAAGAGGAGAGGGCGCGCCGCCGAGAGUCCCCUGGAGCUCCCGCCGGUUCAGAUCCGCCUGUCUGUCACUUCCCCGGGCAUCAGCCGCGCUGAGGCGGAUACAACGGACUGGGAAGAGACGCUGGCUGGAGGGGAAAAAUACACAAUGGAGGAGCCCCUCCCAAGUGAGUUUGAAGAUGUGGUGGACUUCAUCAAAGUGACCAUCAGUAGAAUACGUCGCUCCUCCUCAUCCACCGUGUACUCAUCCACCUCCUCCCCCUCCAAAGUAGACUUGAGCAGCAGGACUCGACACAGACAGGAGAGGAAGAAGGGGGCGAGCCAGCAGAGUGGAGGAGGAAGAGGAAAAGCUAGAGGAGGGAAGACAGGGAGGAAGGUUAGGGAAGGAAGAGCUAACCGACGAGGCCAAGGCUGUGUGCUCAAACAGAUCCACCUUAAUGUGACAGACCUCGGUUUGGGCUACCGCUCCAGCGAGGAAAUGAUAUUCAGGUACUGCUCCGGACCCUGCAGGAAGUCUGAGACCAACUACGACAAAAUCCUUAACAACCUCGCUCACAACAGGAGGCUUCCUCCUAAAGACACGCCCCCUCAGGCUUGCUGUCGGCCAAUAGCAUUUGAUGAUGACCUCUCGUUCCUGGACGACAACCUCGUCUACCACACUGUGAGGAAGCACUCUGCUAGGAAAUGUGGUUGUGUGUAGAGAGUGUGAGCUGGUGUCAGGCUUUGUGUUGAAGUGAGUGUUUUCUCUUCUGAUUUACCUCUUUAUGAGCAAACUUUCAGGCAUUAUGUGUGGCCAUAUGACUUGAGUCCAUCGGUAAAGGAGUUAAUAAGUAGAGGACGUGGCGUCUACAGUUUUUUCCCCAAAGCAAAAAUCCUCUUCUUCUCUUCCUCAAUCAAAAUUAUAUUUAUAUUAUAAUUCCUUUACAGUUCACACCUUUCAUACGUCACUAAUAUGUUCAGUGGGAUUUUAAAUGUUUCAAUGGAUACUCAACCUAAAGGACUGAAAUCAGACACAAUGGAUGAUUCAGCAGACUCAUUCUGUCUACUGUAUAGCACAUAUGUUACAUGGAAAAGGUUAUACAUAUGAAAUGUAUUUAUGAAAUCUUGAAUAUAUUAACUUAUUGAUAUUUAUUUUGUUUUUAUAAAAGGAAUACGUUAUUUAUUGUAAUAUGAUAUCUCAGUGUUUGCCAAAAGGUUUAACCAAAAGAGGUUGGUGGUAUAUUUCCAAAUAAAAGCAGUAAAAGACUGGGUGGUUUACAUUGCAAAAUCUUUUAGGUGUCCUGUGGAGUUGUCUUGUAAACAAACAAAGUUAUGUGUGCAUUCAGUGUUUCUCACCAAUAUACAUUUUGUGUAUCCUUGAGGUCUAACAAAAGAUUUUAAUAUACCAUAUUUUCUUCCUCAUAAAACAUUUGCAAAGCCGAUUUUGAAAGUCAUGCAUUGUUUACAUCAUGUUCACUAGUUUGCAUUCUUCUUUGCUGUUGCAUUGCUACGUGGCUUGACCAAUUGUCGAUCAGCGGAAUAUCUGAAACUGGUGGCAGGGAGGUGUGUUACCCUAACCCCUAACCCUAACCCUAACCCACAUGAUUAUACUGUACAAUACAAACAUAACGGGGACCCUCUCUUAACAACAUUGCUCUAUAGCACUACUAGUGGUCUAAAACUCCACAGUACAAA